AUGGAGACCAAGUCUAGCUCAAAGCACACUGAACCAAAACAACGCCGAAAAGUAGUCUUUGUAGAUCCAGAUGACUCGGAAGUUCCAUACUGGUGGCCUGCCUUGGUAGUCCCACGCAAAGAAAUAGAUGCCUUUAAAGAAAAAGUAGAUUACUUUACAAAAUAUCCUGGUGAGAGGGAAAAGCUGGUAUGUUAUUUUGAAGACGGUUCAUAUUCUAUAGUACCAGAGGAAGCUCUCCUCCCCUUUGACACUUCGAUUCCGCCGUUUACAACGUACGUUCAAGGACCGAAUUCAGAUUUAUUUCUGAGAGAUAAGGCGGUUAUGGAUGCGAUAGCGUACUUUGAUAAUGGUGUUGUUCCGCAAGUCUUUAAAUGGCUUAGAGCUGCCGACGAAGCAGAACACUCUGGAAAUGGUAAUGGUACCAACGAGGACCACAACAAUGAGAGAAUCAGUACAGGAGCGAAGAAACGGAAAGAGAGCAGUGCUGGAUUAUCCAAGAAAGACAAGGAUGGAUUUGGGAAUGGGAAAACACACGGAUCGUCGAACGUUAGUUUGAAUAUUGAUGGCAAUGUAGGAAGCGUCGGAUCUGACAUUUCCAAUAAGAGGGAGGGAGGGCUUAAUAGGAGAGAAAGCUUUAGUGGUAAUACAAAGAAUGGCGCAUCCGGAUUAAACAAGAAGCCCGCUCAAUCGUCUACUUCCGCGUCACGCUUAUCGAAACCGAGACCCAAAGCCAACCAUUCAACCACACCCAGACAACUGCCGUACUUGAACUCUUCGUCAAAUAUUGCUUCAGCCACGUUGAAAUCGCCCCCGUUUCCUCCACAACUUAAUAACGGGACGCAUUUUCAUUCUCUACCGUCACCCGGUUCUAUAUUUUUUCCAAACAGUCCCCGGUCAGAUCGCAUGAUAUCAGGACGAGGAUUCGGUACAUGCGAACAGUGUGGCAGAACUUCGGAUGGGGAAAUAAGACAGCAGUGUGGUGCUUGCACAGAUUUCUUCGAAUGGGUUAUGUCUGCUGCUGCUGGUGAGAUGACUGUCAACGAAUGCUUUGCUGAAUAUGUGGAGAGAAAGAGAAGACCGGUAGAGCUUGUUGGGGAGUCGGUGUUGAGCGAGGUUUUGCCAACUGGGAAGCGUCGAAGAUGGCUUGAAAGAUGUGGUUUGUGA